AUGAAGCUCCUCACCAUCUUUGCCCUUGCAAUCACCUCUGCACUUGCUCACGACACUAGAGCAUUGUCCGCUGAGCAACUGAAACGUCGAAAGCUUGAAGUGGAAGCACGCAAUCUCGCAGCCAGGAAAUGCGCCCCUGCUGUGCGCGCAUUUGAGAAUCAGCGCCGCCACAUUCGCCGUGACCUGAAGCAUUUCUCUUUGGACCUCCGUGGAGGUCAUUUUGGUGCUCAGCAGGAAAAAGAGAUCAAGAAUAAAACUUGUGUUAUGACUCCUGAAGUAACAGAAGGCCCCUACUUUGUGAAGAAUGAACUUGUUCGUCAAAACGUACGCGAGAAUCAGCGAGGCGUUCCCCUUACGCUCGACAUUGGAGUGAUAGACAUCACUUCCUGCAAGCCACUACCUAACGCUUUUGUAGAAAUCUGGCAUGCCAAUGCUACAGGCUUCUAUUCUGGCUUUACUGCGGAGUCGACGGGUGGCAGCGGAAAUACUGGGGCGCCUCCAAGCAACAGCACUGGUUCUGGUGGUGGGAACCCUGCUAAUACAGCCAUGAGCGAUGAGCUUAGCUUCCUAAGGGGCGGCUGGCCUACUAACAAGAAUGGCGUUGUGGAGAUGUCUACCGUAUAUCCUGGCUUCUACACGGGUCGAACUACCCAUAUUCACACUGCAGUCCAGACAAAUUGGACCAAGGCGGCAAACGGAACGAUCGAGUCAACGGAAGGAAACCUUCUUCACAUCGGCCAGGUCUUCUUCGAUGAAUCCCUCAACGACAAAGUCUUUGCCUCUAUUCCCUAUGUCAAUACCACUCAGUCUCACACCACCUAUAACGCGGACGACUCUAUCCUUGCAGAGGAGAACACGGGCGGAUACAAUGCGUUCGCUGACGCAUACCAAUUGGGCAAGAACCUCCAAGACGGAGUUAUCGCAUAUAUCACUAUCGGCGUCGAUUCAACCGCAAGAUAUUCUUUCUCCACAACUAACUACUGGACGCCCUGA